AUGAAGAAGUUGGGUACUUUCACUAUUUCCUUUUGUCUCCUGAAGUUUUCACUCAUCUUCUGCCAUGUAACUGAACCCAUUUGCUUUUGGAGGAUAAAGAAUAAUGAAGAAAAUGAUGGAGAUAUGAGAAGUGACUGUAAUUUUUUCCUUUGGACAUACGAUGAAAGUACUGAAAUCAAUUUUUAUAAUAUUGUUGAUUAUAGAAUACCUGCAAGAAGAUACGAGUUUUUUCUGGUAUUGUUUUUUGCUACUGAUGAAAUCAACAAGAAUCCUGAUCUUUUACCCAACAUGUCUUUGAUAGUCUGGCUUUUUGGUGGUCAGUGUGGAGAUGAAUGGUCAGUUCUGCAUAAAAAUUAUUCACAAGAAAAUAUUGAUGUGAAAUUUAUUAAUUAUGACUGUUUAUCACCAGACUGUUACAUAUACCUUACAGGACCAUCAUGGAAAACAUCAUUAAAAAUGUCAAUUCAAUCUAGGACACCAAAGGUUUUCUUUGGACCAUUUAAUCCUGACCUCAGGGACCAUGACCAGUUUCCCUAUGUCCAUCAGGUAGCCAUCAAAGACACACACUUGUCCCAUGCCAUGGUCGCCUUGAUGAUUCAUUUUAGAUGGACAUGGAUAGGACUGGUCAUCUCAGAUGAUGACCAAGGUAUUCAGUUUCUCUCAGACUUGAGAGAAGAAAUGCAAAGACAUGGAAUCUGUUUAGCUUUUAUUAAUAUGAUCCCAGAAAACGUUCAGAUAUACAUGACAAGGGCUACGAUAUAUGACAUACAAAUUAUGGAAUCAACAGCAAAGGUUGUUAUCAUUUAUGGUGAAAUGAACUCUACCCUAGAAGUCAGCUUUAGAAGGUGGGAAGAUUUAGGUGUAAGGAGAAUCUGGAUCACAACCUCACAAUGGGAUGUCAUNACAAAUAAAAAUGAAUUUAGCCUUGAUUUCUUUCACGGGACUGUCACUUUUGAACACCACCACAGUGAGAUUGCUAAAUUUAAGAAUUUUAUGCAAACAAUGAACACCGACAAAUACCCAGUAAACCUUUCUCAGUCUAUACUGGGAUGGAAUUACUUUAAUUGUUCAACCUCAAUGAACAGCUAUAGCAAAAUGGAUCACAUUACAUUCAACACCACAUCGGAAUGGACAGCACUGCACAAAUAUGACAUGGUCCUGAGUGAGGAAGGCUACAAUUUGUAUAAUGCUGUGUAUGCUGUGGCCCACACCUACCAUGAACUCAUUCUUCAACAAGUAGAAUCUCAGCAAACAGAAGUACCCAAAGGAACAUUCACUGACUGUCAGCAGCAGAUAUGGAACAGUGUGUGA